AUGGCUGCAGCUUACAUGAGGGAUCCCGACAGAGACCUGCAGAAGAACCCUCCUGAUGUCAAGCCAAGCCCUGAUGGUGCCAGCUCAUUGUCCCUGCUCUCCCAGCCUGACUCCUCUGCUCCUUUGGUCCUAGGGGAGCCCUCCCAACCUCCCAAUGGCAGCUGGCCCCAAAGUCAGAAUGGGAGUGAAGCUGAGGUCACCCCGGCUGCCAUCCUCACCUUCUCCUCCUACUACCAGCACUCUUCACCGGUGGCCGCCAUGUUCAUCGUGGCCUACGUGCUCAUCUUCCUCCUCUGCAUGGUGGGCAACGCCCUGGUCUGCUUCAUUGUGCUCAAGAACAGGCACAUGCGCACCGUCACCAACAUGUUCAUCCUCAACCUGGCCGUCAGCGACCUGCUGGUGGGCAUCUUCUGCAUGCCCACCACCCUUGUGGACAACCUCAUCACGGGAUGGCCCUUCGACAACGCCACAUGCAAGAUGAGCGGCUUGGUGCAGGGCAUGUCUGUGUCGGCUUCCGUUUUCACGCUGGUGGCCAUCGCUGUGGAAAGGUUCCGCUGCAUCGUGCAUCCUUUCCGCGAGAAGCUGACCCUGCGGAAGGCGCUGGUGACCAUCGUGGUCAUCUGGGCCCUGGCGUUGCUCAUCAUGUGUCCCUCGGCCGUCACGCUCACCGUCACGCGCGAGGAGCACCACUUCAUGGUGGACGCCCGCAACCGCUCCUACCCGCUCUACUCGUGCUGGGAGGCCUGGCCGGAGAAGGGCAUGCGCAAGGUCUACACCGCGGUGCUCUUCGCGCACAUCUACCUGGCGCCGCUGGCGCUCAUCGUGGUCAUGUACGCCCGCAUCGCCCGCAAGCUCUGCAAGGCGUCGGGCCCGGCCCGGGACAACGCGGAGGUGGCGGCCGAGGGCGGGCGCGCGUCACGGCGCAAGGCCCGGGUGGUGCACAUGCUGGUCAUGGUGGCGCUGUUCUUCACGCUGUCCUGGCUGCCGCUCUGGGCGCUGCUGCUGCUCAUCGACUACGGGCAGCUCAGCGAGCCGCAGCUGCACCUGCUGUCGGUCUACGCCUUCCCCUUCGCGCACUGGCUGGCCUUCUUCAACAGCAGCGCCAACCCCAUCAUCUACGGCUACUUCAACGAGAACUUCCGCCGCGGCUUCCAGGCCGCCUUCCGCGCCCGGCUCUGCCCUCUGCAGUGGGGCAGCCACCACGGCACCUAUUCGGAGCGGCCCGGCUGGCUCCUGCGCAGGAGGGUCUUGAUGGAGGUGCAGCCCAGCGACUCGGGCCUGCCGUCGGAGUCGGGCGCCAGCAGUGGGGCCCCCAGGCCUGGCCGCCCACCGCUGCGGAAUGGGCGGGUCGCCCACCAGGGCUUACCCGAGGAGGGGCCUGGCUGCUCCCACCUGCCCCUCACCGUACCAGCAUGGAACAUCUGAGAUGGUCCAGAAAGGGCAGGCCCCUGCCUGUGGCCCCAACUGCACCUGCGAUACCUGGACACUUACUUGGCAGCUUGGGGUGGAGUUAGAAGAUGCCAAAAUGCCUGCUGCUCGCUGCUGGCGAUGUCCUCUCCCCUCAGAUGGCACGGAGGAGGGAGAAACCUACUCUCCCCAAACGCUUCCUAUGGGGUAGAUUUGACAACCAUCAUCUCAUUGAAUUCCCACAACGCUUUGGAAGUGGGCUUUCUUAAGCACCUUCUCUUCAACAGAUGAAGAAACAGAGGCCCAGAGAGUAGAGGUGUCUAGCCCAAGGUCGCUCAACUGGAAAUCUCACUUGGACCUGCCAGGCUCCAGUGCCUGAAUGGUUUUGCCGUCUCCAGCUGUCUCCAUAAGGGAAGCACAGGGAAACUGUAAAUCCUAACCAACUAGGCAGCUGGGAAGAGACAGGAAGCAAGCCAGCAGAGCUUUGAUGCUCAGAACCCUGUCAUUCAGUCUGUAUGUUCUGUUGCUCAGGCUGCUUCUUUGGGUCUUUUGCUGGGAGACCAUGGUGUGCCUCACCUGCCAGCUCCAAUGUGUUGUUUUGUCUUGUUCCAAGAAGUGUCCAGGGCCAUUGUCUUUCAGGAUGUCGCCCUGGGGAGCCUGCUUGUUACAGGGCAUUUGAGACCUGAGCCUACAGAAGGGAGGAAGAGUCCAUCUCCCACCCCCAUCUCCCAGAGCCCGGCAGACCCCAGUGCAGGGGCUGGGAAGCCAGGUGGAGGUGUGUUUAUUUACUACUGGACAAAGGGGAAGGGAGAGCACUGUUCCUGCUGUCCACCUUUGGAAACCCAUGUGGAGGCCUUUCCUCACUCAUCCUGGGAUAUAGACGCUGGCCAGCUGACUGCAGCUGGGCUCUCCUGGGGGACUCCUGAACCCCUCCCUACAUGGAUGACCCAUGUACCUCAAACAGUGGGAACCAGGAGAUCCUCUGUUCUCUUCAGCUCUCAACCAGUGCGCCUGCGCCACUUCAAGAGUGCGCCUUCUCUCCAGCAGGUGGGAGGAACUAGGUUGCCUCAGGCGCACCUGCAAAAAAUCUGCAGUUGACCGGACAUUUUUCCCCCUCAAUCCAUUACUGCUUUUGCUAAAAACUGAGUGAAUGAAAAGGAAACAUUUCCCGAGGUCAGGGCUCUCUCUGAUUGUUUCCUUAAUAACACACAAUGACUUAACCCUGUUUAUUCCAUUCUAAGCACUGGGAACAGGGACAGAAGAAAAUGCCAAGUAGUUGUACUUUUCUAAACAGGUCCCCAAACACUGACUGUGUUAUUUCAUUCACACAAACAAGGUUGGUGAUACUGGUAUUGACAUUUUUAAAGUGAGCCCUUAAGGACCAAGGAGCAGGGUUUGUGUGAGGACACGUCUUCUGACUGUUCUUCCUAUACAGUCUCCUGCCUUUUAGGGAAGGUCAUGGGCAUGGCAGGAAGGAGAGCUGGAAAUUCCCCCAAAGACUUCCUGUCUAAUAGUGAAACAGAAAGCCCACGGAGUAGAAUCCUGGUGCCCAAGAUCUUGGGCUGGGAAAUGAAUCUAUUGUGUUUGCUCUUGUAAUUUCCGGCCUGACUUGUUCUGUGUAUAAGAUCUAUGACCCAUGUGUUGAGCAAGCUGCUGAGAUCCCUUAUGACCCUGUCCCGUUCCAAAAGUCUGGGAAUGAUGGAAGGGGGUCUUGCCCCUCAGUGGCCUUAGCUGGUGCCUUGCAUGAUCUUCACUUUUUGUGCCAUAUCUGUGUCCUGAAACACAUACACCUGGGAGUUGGUGGCUGUUUAUGUGAAGAAUUCUGACGCCAGGCUCUAAAAAUAGACUAAACAAAGGGCCAUCUCAAACCCCAAUUGGCUGUGCCUGUGGCUUUCUGGGAGCUGUUUGCAGACACUGCUCCAGGGUGUGCUUCCUUUAGUACGGCCUCCUCCAGUGCAAAAACAUAGCCAUUAUGUGUAUUUCUCUCUCAGAUGUGUGUAUGAGAGAGACAGGGACAGAGGAAGAGAUGGAAGGGGAGAGAGAGAGAGAGAGAGAGAGAGAGAGAGGAAGAGGGAGACAGAAACCAAGGCACUCACAAAAACCAACCAUCCUACCAUGGUCCCUUCUCUUUAUUUCCCCUAAAGAUGCCAUGUUUUGAGAGGUGGUGACUGCCAGCAAAAGAAAACAAAAUUCCUGCACAGAGCGUUCACAAUCCAUAUAUUUUGUUGUAUUUUUUAUUUAAAACUAUCAGAGGCUGCCCAUCCAGAGACUGGAUCUGAAGGAUGACACAACCUGACGCUUUGGUGAAGCCCUGGGGCCUUGUGAGUGAUGGGGAACUGGUUUGUUUCUUUGUGAAUGUGGUGAAAUAUACACCACAUAAAUCUUGCCAGUUUAGCCAUUUUUAAGGGUACAGUUCAGCAGCCUUAGGUACAUCCCCGCUGCCAUAUAACUAUACCACUACCAUGUCCAAAAUUCAGCCUCCCUCCUCAGUACCCAUGAAGCAACUCCCCACUCCCCUUCCUCCAGCCCCUAAAAACCCCCAUUCCACUGUCUCUGAAUUUGAUUAUUCCAGGUACCUCAUACCAGUGGACUCCUCCAGUAUUGAUCCUUUUUUGACUGAUUUAUUUCACUCAACAUGUUAUUCUAAGGUUCAUCCAUGUUGUAGCAUGUGUUGGAAUUUCCCUCCUUUUUAAAUUUUUCUUCUUAUUUUGCAGUGCUGGGGAUUGAACCUAGGGCCUCACUCAUGCGAGGCAAGUGCUCUACCACUGAGCCACCUCCUACCCUUCCUUCCUUCCUAGGGCUUCAUAAUCUAUAUUCUACAUUUUGUGGGUCCAUUCACCCAACAAUGACCGCUGGCUGUUUCCACCUUUUGGCUUUGGUGAAUGUAUGGAGCUUUAAGAGAAUGCAAGUACUUCCUAAAAAUAGUGUCUGUGUGAACCCUAAGGACAGAGACCCCCAAGAUCUUUCUCAACUUUGAAUUUAUGUGUGACAGAGAGAAGCUUCCCAACAGCUCUGUGCUCCCAUGGGGCUUUGCUUCUU